UAUCUGCCUUUUAAACUUUGACUAAAUGACUAAAACAAAUGGUAAGGACGUUUCUCCGAGCGGUCUAAGAAUGUCGUAUUUUAUCCAACAAAAUCGCUCCUAUAUUGUAACCUGUGCAGCAGUAAUGGGAAUAGUUUUAUACUUGAAUUGGACUUCACUGCUGCAGAAACAACAGGAAAAAUUUGUUCAACAAAGUUUCACAGAGACGCUAGAAAUUCUGCAUGAGAUGGAGACGAGAUCUUUAGCAUUUUAUACACAAUGGGAUACAAUGCGAAAGCAGGCAUCUCAACAAAGUGGAAAUUCUAUUGGAGCAGAACCCCCAGCAAAAGUAAGAAAUAAAGACGAGUUCUCAGUAGCAGAUCGUGGAUUUUGGCAAGGUCUUGGGGCCACGAAAGGCCACAUAUUUGAUGCUCCUUUGGCCCAGGCGAUUGUGAAAUUCCUGAAAAAUGAAAAUGUGACCACAUUACUCGAAUUGGGGGCAGGAACAGGAACAUAUGCAAAACAGAUUAAGGAAGAAGGGAUUCUGGUGUCUUGCUACGAUGGCAAUCCAGAAACGCAAGACCUGUCGGGGGGUCGAUGCGGCGUUGUGGAUCUGAGCAAACCAAUCGACUUUAGUGAAUUUGAAUGGACACUUUCUUUAGAAGUUGGGGAACAUAUCCCGAAAGAAUUUGAAGACAUUUUCAUCUCUAACUUAGUACGAAGCAAGUACGGAUUGAUUAUCAGUUGGGCAAUUGAAGGACAAGGUGGCACGAGCCAUGUUAAUAACAGAAACAACACUUACAUUCGGAACAAAAUUGCCCAGAAAGGAUACACCUCAGAUUUCGAGAUGGAGAAAACGUUGAGAGCUGCAUCCACAUUUGGUUGGUUUAAAAAUACUAUAAUGGUCUUUCGGAAACAACUUUAGCAAAAUAAAGUAAAUUAUUAUUAUCAAAAUCUUAUCGUUGAGAUAUAUGUAUAAAUGUGCCAAGUAAAAAUUAGUAACAUACAUACA